AUCAGAUUCUCAUGUGUGUUCCCUCUAGUUAGAAAGUUUCAUAAAUCAUAACUGGGUUACUUCUCAAAGGAACAAGAAAAGCUAUUCAAACCACUCAUGGAAGAACAGUUUUUGAAGAGUGGUGGUCAGGAAAUGUCCCUGAACACACAAAGAUGCACAUAAAAAAAGUCCAAAAUAAAUGAUACAUCAUGUUAGCUUUAACUGGUGUUUGUCUGUUAAUUUCUUUUCUGUGCUGGCCCAUUUUCUUUUGAGGCUCAAUGGAAGAAGCUGAGUUGUAUGGGGUACUCAAUGCUGAGACAGUUCUGCUUUUCUUAAGGCUUAAAACAAUCCAAGAAGAAAAGGAAAAAAAAAAAAAACAUUUUUAAUUUCCUGAGUCUGCGUGGGUGAUCUGCUCCCUAGGGGCACUGGACCAUCUUUGGGAAAGCCAACCUUUGGGAACCAGCCUUUGGGAAAAACAACCUGGGUGUUUGGGAAGGCUGUAGGUUGCAGUUCUGAGGAAUAGCGAGGGGGAGGUUUGUUUAUCUGCACAUUGCCCAAGGAGUGUAUUAUGCCAGUGGUAUGCAUAAAUUUGCUUUGCAAAUUGUACACUUCUCAUAAUCUGUUGCAAUUUCAUGUCUGUUCAGGGGGUUUAUGUGGUAAGGUUUUUUUUAUUUUAUGGUUUUUACAAGUUGAAUGCAACUGGUGUGGUUGCCUGUGUAGUAUUUACAGUGCUUUCCUGCCACAGAUGUUUGAGAUGGGAUAAGACUGGGAAAAAAGAGGAGAUGGGCAGCUUACCAACUAGAAGAGUGAUAACCAUAUUCUUGAUGUUCUGGGAGGGUUGCCUUUAUGUCAUUUCAGAUGUGCUUUUGCUAAGGGGAAUUGUCAAGGCAGCCUGAAGAUUGCAUGCAGAAGGAAUACUCUGUGUAGUUGGAAGAGCCAGUUGCUUUUUUUCUGGCUGUUAUGCUUUCAAGGAAUGGAACUGCAACAACUGAGAAAGAAAGAAUUACACCCCAUUAGUCAAGAGGCCUGAAUUAACAAAUUUGAUUUUCCAUUAAAGUACAAUCUAAUUUACCUCCUCAGAGCAUCAGAAAGAUGUCAAAAUAUGAUUUUCUGGAAGCUCAAGAAAAUCUUCACCGCAUGACCCACAUCUGGUUGUAUGUUCAACAAGAGGACAUUACAACAUCAGAUUAUAUUCUCCCUUAUACUUUACAGCAUGCAUAAAUGCUGAUAAAUUUUUCAGGUGCCUAUGAAGAACUCGUGAUGACUUGUAUAUGUUGUGUCUUGAAUUUGGGACAAUUUGUGUUAGUUACUAAUCUACAGUAGGAGGUAUGAGAAAAGAUACAUAAGAUAUUUAAUUUCCAAAUUGUGUAAGUUGACAUAGGCUGCCGAUAUUUAUCAAGACUUCUUCAGAAAGUCAUCAUCAUCAUUUCUUGGUUGGAAACUAGGGAUAUCGCUUCUUUCUGGGUCUCUUCUUCCAAGUAACAAGCAAUAGCAUGAGAAGAAAUAGCCUCAAGUUGUGCCAGGGAAGAUUUAGAUUGGAUAUCAGGAAAAAUUUCUUCACUGAAAGGGUUGUCAAGCCUUGGAACAGGCUUCCCACAGAAGUGGUGGAAUCACCAUCCCUGGAGGGAUUUAAAAGACAUGUGCUGCUUAGGGACACGGUUUCAUAGUGGACUUGUGCUGUGUUAACAGUUGGACUCAAGGAUCUUGAGGGUCUUUUCCAACCUAAAUGAUUCUAUGAUUCAAGGAAGUACUCCUGACACACUCUGAGCCUCCACAUGUCUUUUUUAGCCUCACCUCUCUGAAAAGUUCCAUGAAGGUUGCACAUCAUUCAAGAUGAAAACUUGGAGAACAGAAUCAUCCAAAAGUUUACAGAAAUGGACUUGAGCUAUUUAGUUUAACUUUGGGGAAGGAAGUGGGGCUCUAAUGAAUUAGUUCACUGUCCACUGUAAUGGAACCUUUCUUCAAGAAGAAAAGUAAGCUGCUUGCCAGCCAUUCAGGAUUCCCCCUUGUUCUGGUGGCAGAACAAGAAUAACCCCCUGAGCAAAAUCGGAAAACAGAUGUGCCACUUCAAAUGCAGUAACAUGCACAAAGUGUCUUGCUUUGGGCCCUGAGUGUGGAUGGUGUGCUCAAGAGGAUUUCAUGGCUGGCACAACACAGAAGGGACGCUGUGACAUUGUUUUCAACUUAAUGAAAAGAGGCUGCCGAUCAGAUUUGGUUGAAAACCCCACAGUUCAUGUCACAAUACCCAGUGACCAUGAAACAAAUACACAAGUGACACCAGGAAAAGUUUCAGUCCAGCUGCGUCCAGGAAGUGAAGCAAACUUUAUGUUAAAAGUUCGCCCUCUAGAGAAAUACCCUGUGGAUCUUUAUUAUUUAGUUGAUGUCUCAGCCUCCAUGCACAACAAUAUAGAAAAGUUAAAUUCUGUUGGAUUUGCUUUAUCUAAAAAGAUGGCAAAUAUUUCUCUUGAUUUUCGACUUGGAUUUGGAUCCUAUGUGGAUAAAACUGUGUCACCUUAUAUUAGCAUUCAUCCAGGUAGAAUCCAUAACCAAUGCAGUGAUUACAAUUUAGAUUGUAUGCCUCCUCACGGUUAUAUUCAUGUGCUAUCCCUGACUGACAAUAUAGCAGAAUUCAGAAAUGCAGUGAAUAAACAAAAAAUUUCUGGGAAUAUUGAUACACCUGAAGGGGGUUUUGAUGCAAUGCUCCAAGCAGCUGUAUGCCAGAGCCAUAUUGGAUGGCGUAAAGAAGCGAAGCGACUGCUUCUUGUGAUGACAGAUCAAACUUCCCAUCUGGCCCUUGAUAGUAAAUUAGCAGGAAUUGUAAUUCCUCAUGAUGGAAACUGUCAUUUGAAAGAUAAUGUGUACAUCAAAGCUACAAGUAUGGAGCAUCCGUCUCUUGGGCAGCUCUCUGAAAAAUUGAUUGACAAUAACAUCAAUGUUAUUUUUGCAGUUCAAGGAAGCCAGUUUCAUUGGUAUAAAGAUCUGUUACCUCUGUUGCCUGGUACUGUUGCAAGACAAAUAGAAUCACAAGCAGCAAAUCUCAAUGACUUGGUGGUAGAAGCCUAUCAGAAACUAAUCUCUGAAGUGAAACUUCAAGUGGAUAACCAAAUCCAAGGUCUUAAUUUCAAUAUCACUGCAAUCUGUCCUGAUGGAAGUGAAAAAACAGCCAUGGAAGGAUGUAAAAAUGUGGGAUAUAAUAAAGAAGUACUUUUCAAUGUAUCGGUUACAAUGAAAGGAUGUCAUACAACUGGAGGCAGAAAAUAUGCCAUACUUAAACCUAUUGGUUUCAAUGAAACCGCUAUUGUUAAUGUGCAGCGAAGCUGUGCCUGCCAAUAUGGAGACAGUACAAACCACAAAAGAGUAUGGGCUGAUGAAACUUCUGAUAGCAAACAGUCCCAUUGCAGUGACAAUAACUGCAGCUCUAAGAGAGAAGACACGCUUCCUUCAGAGAGGUGCAGGCAACACCAGGACCAACCUAUCUGCAGUGGUCAAGGAAAUUGCAUAGAUGGAAAAUGUUUCUGCUACAAAAACAAGCUAGGCAAGGUGUAUGGCAAGUACUGUGAAAUGGAUGACUUUUCCUGCCCGUAUCACCAGGGAAACUUAUGUUCUGGUAAUGGUGAAUGUGAAGGUGGUAAAUGCAAAUGCUUUGCUGGCUGGGAAGGUGAUCGUUGUGAGUGCUCAUCACAAUCAGCAAAGCACUGCCUGAAUUCAAAGGGCCAGAUUUGCAGUGGAAGAGGAAAAUGCGUAUGUGGAAAGUGUGAGUGCACAGAUCCAAGAAGCUUUGGCCGUUUGUGUGAAUAUUGCCCUACUUGUAACAAAGCCUGUGAAGAAAACUGGAACUGUGUUCACUGCCAUCAUUCUAACAAUACAUCUCAAGCAAUACUUGACCAGUGCACAACCUCAUGCCCUUACCUACUGCAUUAUGUUGACCAUACUUCAGAAUGUUUCUCUGGACGAAGCUACUUUAGAGUCUUUUCCAUAAUCUUUAUAGUUACCUUUCUGAUCGGGUUACUUGUUGUCCUUAUCAUCAGGCAGAUCAUUCUGCAGGGGAGUAGCAAUAAAGUUAAGUCUUCAUCUGAUUACAGAGUAUCUGCAACAAAGAAGGAUAAGAUGUUUUUGCCUACAGUUUGCACAAGAACAGUAACAUACAGACGUGACAAACCAGAGGAAAUAAAUAUCGACAUCAGCAAGUUGCGAUUAAACGAAACUUUCAAGUGUGAAUUCUGAAGACUCUGUGUUUUCUGCAAAUUCUAUUUCCAUCAUGAUCAACUUUUAAAAAGUUACCUUUUCUACUCUGUGGGAAUCUUGACUGUUGCCAUAUGGUUUUGUUUUGUGCAUUUUGUUGAAUACUGUAACUAAGUGAUCUGUAAACGGACUCACGUUAUGUGAUUAUGUUUGAAACUAUAGCUGCUGUAUUUUUUUAGGUUUUUUUGAAAGAGAAAUGUGCGUUACUACUGUUCAGAAACAUUAGUGUUGAUGUAGCACUUUAGCAUAUUCUAAUUUAUUUAGUUAUGGCCUAGAAUGUAGAUAUGGACUGGUCUGACAAAGCACUGAUCUCACUCUACAUGUAGCUAGUACUGAUGUGCUCUGUGGGAAUGGACAAAAGCUGUGACUGAAAUAUUAAUAUUGCUGUAUAUUAUAGCAAUAGAUGAAACUAUUAAAAUGCUCUUAAAUAGAGUAAAUGGUACUUUUAUAGUUCUCUCAGUUGAUAAAUUCCACCGAUUUGUCUGCUUUAGUGUCUUAGCUUUUCCUCAUAAAAAUGACUGGAUUAAAUAAGUAUUUAGUUACUGGUGUGGGUCUAUAGUUGUGUGUGUAUACACACACCAUGCACACACAGGUAAAUUAUAUAUAUAGUUUUUUAUAUGGAUGAUGUCACUUAAAGAUAAUUUAUAUCUGAUAAAGAGUAAUUUUUAGCUUUUUUACUUGUUUAAACAUAAAAAACCCUUUUGUACAAAAUUUAAGGUAUUUGAAAACUGAGUGGCUACAGAAAAUGAGAAUUUCUCUGUCCAACAGCAUAGUCUACAUGAUGAUCACUGUUGACUGACUUCACCUUUGGAGUCAGCAGCAUGAACCCUGUUGCAAGUAGAUGAAUUACACCAGAGCUGUGUUUGGUUUGCUAGCUACAUGUCAGUGUUUUGCCAAAUAAAGGCUUUGAUCUUUUUGUAUGAUGUCAGGAAUGUCUGAUUUUACACUUGCUCUUUUUCUUUAUGUAAAUUAGUUGAUGGGGUCGGGUUUUGUGACUGAUUUUUGUGACUGUGCCUUGAGAAAUGUGUCCAGUGUGAUGUGGAAAAGAACCUGCAAUUUAGAAGGUGAGGAAAAUAUGAAUCUUUUUCUCAAGGGAGCACAUUAAUUGACUUCAUACAUAGGGGAUCAAAUUCUGCCUUCAGAAGUGGGCAAAGCUCUUCUAAAUAUGGUGGGACCAAUAUAAGCUUAUCUGAGAGAAGAAUGUGAGCUACAAGGUCACACAGAAGCAUUUUUUUUACCCCUGAAACUGACUGUAAUGGUAGAAGACCAUUGUGUUAUAUGCUAGUUGGAAGUGUCAGUCUGUUUACUAACCCUAUGCUGCCGAAACCCCACAGAAGUCUGAUCAACCUCUAAUGCUCUAAAAUCUUGCUGGCAAAAAGAAAAAUCAUCUCAGAAUACAGCGUACCAUUUUAGCAACAUUUAUUGCUAUAUGAAAUAUUGGUCUGUAUUUGUCAUAGAGAAGAGUUACAGAAAAAAAGCAGGACCUCCUUAUGUGCAGUUUUUUAGACAUUAGUACAUAUUUCCUAUUCCGUAUUUCUUCUGUAAAUUCCCACUAGAAUCUGAGGAGUAUGCGUGUGAAAAGAAGGCAGGAUGCAGAACAAGUGAUAAGUGUUAUGUGAGUGUUCAGUUUCUUGAGUAAUUGAUCAGGUGGGAUUGAGAAAAACAAUAUAAAGAUGUUGGCCUUUUCAUUAGUCAUAAAAGCUCUAGACCUUAGGGAUUGGGUGUUUUUUUUGAAACCUGUAAACUGGACUAUUAAAUGUUUCUAAAGCAGUCUCCAAAGUAGGCCCUGAGCUUUCUACCAUAAAGGUAAAAGUUUAAAGAAAAGAGUAUUUCCUUACACUGACCCUGACUUUUAGUGAUAGCUUAGUUGUAGAAUUUUAGUUAUAGAUUAAUUCUGUAAUCUAUCAAGUAUACCUUAAACUUUCGUUUUCUUUUAAAACAUGUAGGACCAUUUUCCUUCUGUGUAAAUUAGCAGAUUCCAAAAAAUUGGUUUCAGUGGGAUAAAGAUAAAAGAUUGAUAAAGGUUUACCUGCUAUUACCCUUAUCACAAUUCAUGACUAUUUGUGAGUAGCAAACAGUCUCUGGUUGUCUCUUUCACUUAACAAAACAAAAAAAAUUCAAUGCUCAGUGAUAUUUUCCCACCAUAACGCUUUAAAGCAUUUAUUAAAGCAUUUACUGAAGUGAUAGCUUUUUUUUUUUUUUAGGAAUUGCUUUUCACUGAGGGAGUUAAAUUGUGUGGGUAGGGGACAACGGAGCUGAGUUCUCGAUGGAAGAAAAUUUGAGCUGUAACACCCAUCUUCCAGACACAUCACACUGCUACUGCUUUUCUUCUGUAGCACUUGGUUGGCAUUGUGGUGCUGCCUGUGAGGGGGCAUGGCCAGUAUUUCCUUAUCAGACACCUGCCUGAAUGUUUAAAAUGCUCUGGUCAAAUAGAGCAGGCUCACGGGACCAAUUGCACUGUAAACAGCUUGCUGUUCUGAGAUUAAAAAAUGUACAUUAAAAAAAAAAAGAGCUUUUUAAGAAAAAAAAAAAGGAAGAAGAAUAAAAAGCUCUUUUGCAUCUCCCUCAUGGUUUUACUGUAUUGUGGAGGAGGCUGGUGAAAGAGAAUAAGCUGCUGCUAAUGUGACAGGUCAAGGCUUUUAGAAGGCCCGUGGGGAGCUUAUACAGAGCAGGAUUCUUGGGAGGAGGCUUUGUUUCUAGGGAUGGAAUCUAUCCAUGAGAAACUCUGGCUUUGCUUGGUACUUGUUUCCCUCUGCCUUUGACCAUGUUUUUCAGAAGAGCUGCUGCAGGAGAUGAAUAGCUCAACAAAAGCCUCACUAUUUAGGGAGUUGUGUUCCCUCAGCACAUGACCUUAAAUGAGAAAGCAGCCUGUAAUUCACAAGGAAUUUCUUCAGUGAUUGCAGAAGGACUCUGCUUCCUAUAGUGCUUAAUAUGGGAGAUAUUAAAGACAAAUUAGUUCACAUUAGUUUUCAAUGUAUUGUGUGUCAAAGAUGCUCAUAAAAAUAGGGGGAAAAUAUCUAACCUCAGAAUAGAACAUUCCAAACUACUCAAAUAAAAUUUCUUAUACUGGGCUCCUUCAAAAAAAUUAAAAGGAAGUCAAAUAAUUCUACUGCGUGCCUAUAUCCAAAUAUGUACCAGCAGAUACUGUUGCAUCUCAUCAUUUGUUUUGGGAAUUGUUUUUAGAUUUGCUCCCAGAGCAUGUGCAUGACUUUUUACACCAUAAAUGUUAAUGUUAAAAUACAUAUGUAUAAUUUUCAAAUGCUAAUCUCCCUUUUUUUACCUUUGACUGGUUAUUUGCCUAACAUUUCAGAAAUUCCAUGUUUAUGCAAUUAAAAAACAUGCAUUUUACUUCAGAUGUUUUUAAGUACUGUAAAAUGAGGAAAGCUAUGAAAUGGUUAUUUCCAAGCAUCAUGAGUACACUAAUAAGAUUGCUGAAGAAAUGUGUGGGAAAAUAGCUGUUUCAUCCAGAAAACGUGCACAUGGUAUGCAAGGAAUUUUCAUUGUGCCCAGCUGAAAUUCCCUUAUAUUUGCAAGGAAUGUUAAAAGUGAACCUUUAAAAGGAAGGAUGUUCGUAUGGGCAUAGUUUACAUUUUAUCUGUUAUUCUCAACUGGAUUUAUUUUUUCCUCUCUAUGAUGUCAUGAAAACUUGCUAUAUAAAGCAUUCUUCAUACUGCCACGGAAAAAUAUUAUUUUCCCAGUCUGAUCAUACAUAAUAUUUGUUUCCUGCUUAGUGUGCAUACCUAAAUGUACAUGUUUUGCAAACUGUGGGAGUGAAUGUGUGAAACAGCUUCAAGCAACCCUCAGUCCUAAAACUAAACAUAAGGUCUGGAAAUGCUCAGGGCAGAGAGAUGCAAGGGCAUGGCUGCCUGUGCAAGGACUUGAAGAGGGAUGGCAAUCUCAGUAGGUGCAAUGCUGGGGUUUCCUACAGCGUCCCUACAGAGAUGAUGCUCCAAGACCUCCCUUCUCCUUUUGUCAGGGCAGGAAAUCUCUUCAAAGUAGGUUGGCUUGGCAGAGAUGGUGUCCUAGGUUUGCAUCCUAGGCACUUGUCCACACACUGGAACUGCAUAAUAUGCAGUCUGAACCAUAACACUGCAGACAUUUCACAUCUUUAUUCAUCCAAAAUGCUUACACGUCACAUAGCAAGGGAUCACCUGUAAACUUGAAUGCUGCAGAUCUUCAUUAAAGCUUCUGGAGAGUCUUUGGGCACCUGCCCAUUGUCUUUGCACCAGCCCUUGGAUAUCCACCAGUCAACCUUAAGGAGUGUAAGCUGUAGCUGUAAAGGGCACUUCUCAUAGAGGUAUUUGUGCUGAGUCAGUACUGGGUGACACCUAACUCUGCUCUGACUGUGAGUGAUGAGUGGUGCCAGUGUUCCAGCUGUCCAUUUGCAAGAGAGGGGAAAGCAGAAAUGAAGCUGUAGUUAAGAAGAACACUACUUUUUAGUUAUAUCUUGAGCUGCUCUGAUGCACAGACAUCUCUGGGCUCUCAUUGAGAGCCAUCUCAAUUCUCAGAGAGCCAUCUCUGAGAAUUGAAAUGCAUGGAGAGGGGGAAAAAAAGGUUAAAAUUACCCAGUAGGAAUGCAUCUCUGUAGUGAGACAAAUCAGUGGGGUUUCACUGAGAGCAAGCCAGCUCAGAGAGGUUGGCCUGUCUGCAGGAAAAAAACGUAAUGCUUCCCCCCCUCAAAAUUACUAGAUCCUUAGGCUUUAGAAGUGCUGCUCUGGAUUGCAUGUUCUCUUUCUUUCCUUUUCUUUACACACUUUUAAAGAAAAAGGUACCUACUUAUUAAAAAAGAAUUGUCUGGCAUUUCUUAAAUUAAUGACUUCUGUCCAAAUCUAACAUUUCAUUCUGAUACCUAUAUUGUGUUUGGGCUGUUUCAGUUGUAUUUUAAAGGAAGAUGUUGAAAGAGUCUUUUGGAGAGGCAUUAGUGUUGGAUGAAUUCACCAUGCUAACAUCUUCGCUCUUGCCUACUGCUGCUUCAAAAAUAAUGCUACUUUAAAGUGUCUUAUUUAGCAAUUGUGUCACAGCUAAUAAUAAUACUACAGUUUUUAACUUUCUAUUUAACGUAUGCUACCUUUUGUAAAAAAAAGUAUAUAAAGAUAAAGAAUGUUCCUCUAGAUUUUAUGCAUAGAGAAUAUUAGUAAGGGAAGAGGUUUUAAAUUUUAUAACUUCUUACUGUUUGUUUUACAUUUUAAAUGAUACUUUUAAAUCACUACUUUUGUUUGUCUGGAAAUAUACUGAAUAUUUUAUUAUUUAAAAUAGUAUACUUUUAUGACUGUUUUAUUAAUUUCAGUUGACUACUAACUUCUAUUUUGGUAUUUAUUACUGAGUUGACACUGUAGUAUAUUGAGAUGUUUAUUUUUCUAUCAGAGCUGUAACAACUAUGACGUAGCAUUAUUUUAAUGCAACAUCAUUGUACUUGCUCUCUAAAAAAUAAAAUCAGUAUUUAAUCCA